UGAUAGAGGGCCCAUUUUGGUGGUUGUCCCAUCCUCGGUUCUGCCUGGGUGGGAGUCAGAAAUUAGCUUUUGGGCCCCAAGCAUGAACAAAAUUGUCUACUCUGGGCCUCCUGAGGAGCGCCAAAAAUUAUUCAAGGAGAAAAUUAUUCAGCAAAAAUUCAAUGUUCUUUUGACAACAUAUGAGCAUCUCAUGAACAAACAUGAUAGACCAAAACUGAGCAAAAUACAGUGGCAUUAUAUUAUAAUUGAUGAAGGUCAUCGCAUUAAGAAUGCUUCUUGCAAGUUAAAUGCAGACUUGAAGCAUUAUCGUAGCUCUCACAGAUUGCUUUUGACUGGAACUCCUUUGCAGAACAAUCUUGAGGAAUUGUGGGCACUUCUCAACUUUCUAAAUUGCUAUACUCAAUAA